AUGUCCACGUGGAAAGCGAGGCUCACCCAGAGACUGAAGCCUCCCUCGGGAAGGAUGCGUCUGUUCCCAUGCUCAGCUCUGCUCGCUUGCUUUGGGAACACCCAAGAGAAUGCUCCCUUUGACCAGGACAGCGCGGCCAAUCCCCAUCCCACCGUCCGCGCUCAGCCCAUGGGCACAGCGGGCAGACAGGGCAGACACUCAAGUCACCUGAGAGCGCAAGAAGGAGCUCCAGAGAAAAGGCGAGAUUCGGGCGCCUCUGCAGAGAGAAAUGGCAGUGCAAAUCGGGCUCCAAGUCACUGCACUGCCGUCCAGCCUGCCGAGACACCCAAGGCUGUGCCUGCAUCUCUGGAUGAUAAACCAGCCCGUGUAGCAGUUACUUUUCAGACUUCUAUCCCUAGACCGUCAAUUAUUGACAUGCCACAGGAAGAAGAAUUCCAAGAAGAACCUAAAUGCCUUGAGUUGGAACAGACGAUGACAUCAGACAGCCCACUUGAGGAUAUUGACCCAAAGGACUCACAUCCCAUUCCAAAAAACAUCAUGGCCGAGCCAGACUAUAUAGAAGAUGACAAUCCUGAACUAAUUAGGCCUCAGAAACUGAUCAAUCCUGUCAAAACAUCCCGGAACCAUCAAGAUCUUCACAGAGAACUUCUUAUGAAUCAAAAAAGGGGUCUUGCCCCUCAGAAUAAACCGGAAUUGCAGAAGGUGAUGGAAAAGAGAAAACGAGACCAAGUAAUAAAGCAGAAGGAAGAAGAAGCCCAGAAGAAGAAAUCUGAUUUGGAAAUAGAACUAUUAAAACGGCAGCAGAAGUUGGAGCAGCUUGAGCUCGAGAAGCAGAAAUUGCAAGAAGAGCAAGAAAAUGCCCCAGAAUUUGUGAAGGUGAAAGGCAAUCUCAGGAGAACAGGCCAAGAAGUUGCCCAAGCCCAGGAAUCCUAGGCUGAGUCUGCAGAGACCUUGUGCAUCCCCACCUGUCAGACACAGAGCUGUGUCUGCAGGUGCUUCCUCUGUGCUAAUCUCAGGGCAAAAGCCCCUUGAGAGAAUUCCAGCCAGCAGAGAAUUUUGACUUUAAAAAGGUUUUGGCUUGAUUUUGCCUACAGUCUGGGUGGAUAAAUUGCCUAUGACGCUUGCAGUUCCUAUGCGCCAAAUAAGGACAUUUGCCAGCACAUAAGUUGGAAUAAUGGACUUGUGUUCAAAAACAAAAACAAAACAAAAAAAGGAAAGGAAAAGGACACUGGAGUAAAUUCUUGAGAGUUGCCCUACUUGGUUUUUCUAUCAAUCCAAGUUUAGUGAGGCAGAGACAGAGCCUUUUUGUUUUAAAAGCUAAAGAAAAUGUGCUUAAUUCUUUUUGUUAUCUGUUAGAUAAUUUAGAUCACAUAGAAAUGUGUUUAA